AGAGGGAAAGCUCUCUCGCUCUCGCUUUGCGCAAAAGUUACGGAGUACACACAGAGCGCUGCUGCGGAGAGAAACACCGCGCGCGCCGAGAGACCGGAAGAGAUCCCUCUCUCUCUCUCUCUCUCUAUCUCUCUCUCUCACUCACUGUACAUCGGGCAGACUCUACUGCGGCGUUAUACCGUCGAGCUUCCCGAAGAGCGAAGCGGAGUGCGGCGCAGAGAGUGAGUGCGCGGCGGUAGCAGACUGUGUCUGAAGCGAGACGGAGAAAGAGAGCGCGGCAGCAGCAGCAGCAGCAGCAGACCUCGUGGCUGGCACUCGAGCAGCGGCAGCAGACAGCAGUGCGUGCGCGCCCGCCAGUGACGACGAUGCAUCGACGCCGAUGCCGAUAGCAGUACCCACCACGUUCUCUACUCUCUCGCAUACACUCGACUGCUACCAGUGUCGUCAUCGAGCCAGUGUCUCACUACUGCCAGUAGUCCCAGCCUGUCCCGCAAAACGGUGUGUCCGUGUGUCGUGCAGUGUGUUGAUAUAAUACGCAGUAGCGGAGCCGCGCAAGCGCCGCGGAAGCUCUCAAGCGCGCGCGCUUUUCGAAUUCAAACUUCCCGCGCUGCGACGCGUCGGCGCGCAGGUGUGCUGCCAGGAGAAGAAGAAGAAGACAAGGAGGAAAGGAAAAGAUAGAAAAUCGGAGCAGAGUGCGAGGAAAAACACGUCGCGCAGAUACACACCGAGAGCGGUCUUUCCGUCGAGCCGCGCUCACAGUAGGCUGGCUGGCUGGCUGUCUGGCUGGCUGGCGGAGAGUUGUGUAAGAACUUGAAAGUAAAAGUUGAAACCGCCGAGUUCGGCUGCGCGCUCGCUUGUGUAUAUAGCAUAAUACACACUCUUUGGUGAGCGAGCUCUCUCGCGAGUGCGCGCGCGAGCGUUAAAAUUCGAUCCGGCCGGCCGACGUGUGUUUCUCUCUCUCUCUCUCUCUCUCUCUCUCUCUCUCUCUCUCUCUCUCUCUCUCUCUCUCUCUCUCUUACUCUCUGUGCAGCAACACACGGCCGAAACUCGCGCUUGUGUAAUCCCUCGGCGCUGUACACACGAUUCACGAGAGAAAAUUCGGCGAGCGAGACGGAGCGAGAUACGCGCGCGCGCGCGAGUGAAACGGAAAGUGAUUCGGGUCAGUGGGUCGAGGGAAUCUCCCGACGAGCAGAGUCGCAGCGAGAGAGAAGAUGCAGCAACAGCAGGAAGAACCGAGAGCAGCGGAGUAGGAGAGUUUAAAAGAGAAUAUUCCGCGCGCGCGCGCAACGAAGAGAGAGAGAGAGAGAGAGGCGCAGCAGAAGCUUGCGUAAUAGCGCUGCGCUAUAGCUCUCUAUAACCUAUACGACUCUCCCGCUUUUCCACCACGAAAAUCAUCAAGCCUCAAGCUCGCUGAGUCGCCGAACGAAGUGUCAGUGUGUUCGUGUGUGGAAAGCUAUCUCUCUAUCAAAAGAGCCAUCCGCGCGACGUUCUGUCUCUCUCCACUUUUCCACUUUUACUCAGCAGAGCGCGGAGAGCGUUUCGUAAAAGCCGGAUUACAAAACACGACUCUCGAGAGACAGCAACAGCAGCAUUAACAGCGUAAGAGAGAGAAAGAUAGUGCGCUCGUCCGUGUGUUCCUCAGAGUGUGUUUGUGAGCGAAGAGCCGAAGGACGACCGGAGAAAGAACCGCCGCAGCAGCAGCAGGAAAAUCGAGCGCGCAAAUACGCCGCGAAAAAAGGAGCGAGUCGAGCAAGUACAUACAGCAGCAGCAGCAGCAGCAGAGAGAGAGGAGAUAGCGAGCGGAAAAAGCGAGCGGGCCCCGCGAGAAGCGAAAGGAUAAAGAGAAAGGAAUAGGAGAGGCGAGCGCGAGCAGCGCGAGUCCUUGAAGCUCGAGCCUCUGCGCCAGCAGCAGCAGCAGCAGCUCUCGAGAGUGAGAGUAAAAGUUUUGUACUGCCGCUGCCUACUACUCCGCGCAGCCGGCUGACCCUGGACGGCAGUGCUGUUGCUGCCCCUCUCUCUCACACACACACUCGCAGGGGAAAAGAGUCAGCGGUUUCUCUCUCUCUCUCUCUCUCUCUCUCUCUCUCUCUCUCUCUCUCUCUCUCUCUCUCUCUCUCUGCCUCCGACUCUUUCUCCACCGGUGUUUAUCAUUCGGGCUUUGCUGCCCGUCGCGAGAGGAUCAUCAUCCCGCCGCGCCUAACGAUAACGAUGAGGACCAGCUGACAGUGGUGGAGUUCUUCCGACUGUGAUCGUUUCUUGUUCUUGUUCUUAUUGUUCUCUUCGUACGAAUUCCUAGUGCCUCAGUGAUAUACAUAUUGAUAUACAUACAUACUACUCCGACGUCAUGUCGUCGCGCGGCUGGAUUAUCAUCGCCAUGUGCCUUAUCGAGCGAGUACAACCGAUCAAGUGACGACUUACGGGACGACACGCUUACAGAGCUGCGAGUGCGCGAGUGUGCGGUUAAUAUUCUAUAAGAAAGCAAACGUCACCCCCCGAAGAACAUCUGUAAUACGGCAUCGUUAGAGAUCGCCCUGACCAAUGCAGGCUCUCGGCCAGGAAGUGCACCAUCGCUCCUCCUCGUCGUCGUCGGUGAUAUGCGCGCGAGGCUCUGCCCCGCCGCGGACUGAUCCCCUGUAACUUCCCACCACCGCUAUACCCACCCUCAGAAGCUUCCUCUCUUCCGACAACGCUAUACACGAGCUUAUUUCGAGCGAGGAGCGCACGCGAGGGAAGAGAAGCGCCUACGCGCAGCAGCAACACGUGCCAGGGAAGCUGCCGGCCGCCGCUGCACAAGCUGACAGGAAUAAGGACACAGGUGAUGAUGCCAUAGAUAUCGUCGGGCAACGGAGGGCGCAAAAUUGAUCGUUACUUUUUUUCACCAAACGGAAUAAGAAGAUGAUGUCAUAUGGCAUCAUUGGGCAUACGAUGUAUCCGGACGGGCUACUGACGCUCCACUACGGCAAGCAUCCGGCGACCUUGGCCGCGGAGGUCGGGUCAUGGUACUCCGGGGACCGUCACGUCGACGUGACCCUGGCCUGCGACGACGGCUCCGUCGUCCGCGCCCACAGGGUCGUACUGGCAGCAGCUAGUCCACUACUGGCUAGUCUCCUCAGGAAUCCAGCGCUGGACCACGUUGUGCACCUCUCGGGGGUGCGGAAAACCCAGCUGUGCCACUUGCUGGAAUUCCUCUACAAUGGCGAGGCUCUCAUACCCUCGACGGAGUUGACGCCGCUGAGGGAACUGUUCGAGCUUCUGCAGAUAAAGUCGGAGCUAUUCGAACCCAACCAGUCACAAGGCUCGACGAGUUCCGAUGCCGAAAGGAUACCCACCCCACAGCCCUCGGAAGAGGGACAGGAGAGCUCGAGUUACGAGUCGCAGUACGACGGCAGGCAGUCGAACAACCCCGCGGACUGCUGCUCGGUGCUGAUCAAGACCGAGGACGGCUGCGUGGAUGAGGACGAGGCCGAGCCCGAGGUGGACGUCGAGGGCGUCGAGAGCGCCGAGGGCGAGACAACGCGAUGUUCGGAGAACCGAGAGAGCAGUAUAGAGCCGCCUAGGCGAAGGGAUAGCUCGGACCCGGUGAAUCUCAGUCUGAACUCCGGAGCCUCGACGACGAGCGACAGCUCGCACGACAUCGCGCACAGGCUCGAGUCGUCGUUGCGGGGAUGCCUCGACGAUUCCGGAAAGUACAACCGCGAGAACAACACCGAGGCGUUGCGGGAGAGGGAACGCGAGCAGCAGAGGGAACAGCAGAGGGAACAGCAGAGGGAACAGCAGAGGGAACAGCAGAGAGACAGAGAGCGCGAGCAGCAGAGGGCGAAUUUCCGACACGAAAAGGCAGCGCUGGAGCGACGAGAGUCGAUGGAGGAGCAGGACGAGCGACGGAGACAGUUGGCCGCGAGGUUAGCCCUGGGUCUCGAGACGACGAAGCGGAAACCAGAAGAGCUACCGAUACCUGCGGCGGAGGCGUACGUCGUCACGCCGCACAGAAAGCGCCGGCCAGGUUUCCACAACGCGCCUGCGCAGAAUCCCGCCUUCGUGCCCUUCAACCCCGGCUUCGAGACGCCCAGGAGGCUUCAGGCGCCCCACGCACUCAGCGUAUCCGCGCCGCCUUAUCCGGACCGUUCGAUAACACCGCCAAUGCUGAUCCACCGACCACCGUCGGCCGACCCAGCGACGGCGGCGGGUCUCGAGCCCCCAUGGGGUGCCUGGACGCUGCCGCCCUCACGAGCACCGCCAGCCCCGUCAUCCGAAGACUCGCCGAAGUCGACACCCAUACGCGAGUACCGCUGCACCUACUGCGGCAAGCAGUUCGGCAUGUCCUGGAACCUCAAGACGCAUCUGCGCGUGCACACGGGUGAAAAGCCUUUCGCCUGUCGACUCUGCGUCGCCAUGUUCAAGCAGAAGGCUCACCUGCUGAAGCAUCUGUGCUCGGUGCAUCGGGGGGUCAUAACCGCGCCCGACAACACCUUCACCUGCUGCUUCUGUUCGCUCAGCUUCGACAGCCAGUCGGAACUCAUCAGGCAUCUGUCGGGGCCGCACAACAGUUUGCUGCUCAGCAAGAACCUGCACGACUAACGAAUCAGUUUGAGGCUCACCGAUUGCUAGGGGGUCCCGGCUCGUCUGUUUUCGAAGGCACCUCUCCGGUUCGAAUCGCGUUGUUCAUUUGAAAAAUGAAAAGAAACCGUUGGAUCCUUGCGAGAGGGAGAGCACGAAAACAAAACCGACGAUCGGGAUCUACGCUUAUGUAGAGAGAGUCGAAUCCGUUGCAGUCCGCGAAAUCCACGUUAGAGACGAUAUCAAAGUUCGCCGGGAAAUGUGUGUGUGUAUGUGACUGAUGGGAAUGUGAUUCGACACUCGGCAUCAGGAGAGUCUUUACAUGUUAUAACCUCGACGAUGUAACUCGACAAGAGAAAACAAUUAUACAUAAUGCUGUAGUAUAAAAGACAACCGUCCGCACAAAAAGAUCCUAUAAAGUGACAAUCGACGAGGAGCGAUUGCCGCGAUCGUUAACCAAGGACAAUAAUAACCGCUCGACGACGGAGAAGCCGAGAGAACGUGCGCGACGAAUCAGCUCGUCCACCUGAAGUUUCUCCGUCAGUCGAUCAUUUUUUUAGCCCCCCCCCCCUCCCCCCAUAACGCGCUAAUGAAUUAGCAAGCAAAAUACACGCGCCCUAACAAUUUAGCUAGCCCUAACUUUCUUUCUUGUUCUCUUAGGCGAUAACGAUAGUUUUCAUUAUAUAAAUAUAUUAUAUUUUCUUGUCUUUUUUCUGUACAUAGUGUUACAUACGAAACGAGAAUGUAUGAGUUGUUAUUUAUUUUACUCUUGCAAUGGGACCAACCGAAUUUCCACCGAAUAUAACAGUUAUUAGAGCGUAGAUCUUUUAGCGGCCUGCCUACACAAUCGCCUCGAACAAAUUCUUUCAAUAUGUCGUGAGAUGAAGGGAGAAAACGCGAUGCGUCUUGAAACUCGCGAGAAACGGAGACAGAAACAAAUCAGACGUGUUUUGUACGAAUUUCGUGUCUUUUCGAAAUCGACGUAUUUUUGCACAUCGUUCGACUCUUCGUCAAAUCGCUGCGAACUUUCGUCCUCCUCUCGGAUUUUCUUUUCAUGACUAUUUUGCAAAAUAUUUACACACGAUAAUACUAUACAUACGUGACUCGAGUGCCUUGUCAAAUGGGUCCAAAUUGGUCGAUUGGGCAGUGAUUUCAUGUGUUCAUAGGCUUAAGCGUUUUUAGAUGAAACAUUAUAAGAGAGAAAGAUAUGAGAUAGAGAGAGAGAGAGAGAGAGAGAGAGAGAGAGAGAGAGAGAGAAAACUUAUAAAAUAGCUAAAUGAUGCGGAAGCAAUGUUCGGCUUCUCUUUUAUUCUGUUGACGAAAAUACGAGUGACAAAAACGAUAUGAAUUAUAAUCGAAUUGGCCCGUAAACGAUCAUCAUCACGUAGAUAUGCCCGCAGUUUUCGUCGCAAAAACAUUGUACAUGAUAAAAGUGUGCGCGAGCGCUUGGAAGAGUGAAUGGACUUGACUUUUUUCUCUUACACGAAUAAAGGAAGGUGCAGCGACGACGAGUGUUGAUAUAUACAUGCAUAUAAAACAAUAUUUUUUGUACUUCAUCGUGUGUACGUUCUUUUGUGAGGAAUAAAGGAAGCGAGUCGUAGGUAGUCGCGUUGAAUUUAAAUAUACAAAUAUACACUUUAGCGUUUUUAUCUCUCUUUUUGAUUGUUGACGCGGGUCGUCAGGUCAAAUGAAAAAAGAAAAACAAUGGAAGGAAAGAAGUACCGUUGAACUCUCGAUUUGGUGCCUCGAAGGGAUCGGCCUCGUUCUACAUUAUAUACUAUAUAGUUUCGUUCGAUAUCGCCGAAAACGUACACUUGACAUUCCAAACGAGGCGCGUAUCACGAACCGAAAAACGCAAGCUCUUAUCGCAAACGAAAAAUCCUAUUUCGGAGGAAAGAUGCUUUGGAGAGGUGACACACAACUACUCUUGUAAUGCCGCAAUUUACCCCAACGUGAAUAGCAAGCUGGUAUUUGUUUUUAACAGUGAAAGUAAUUAUUUAACCAAGCAGUCACACCAAAGAUACGUUCGUAGGGCCGAUCGAGCGUAGACUUUUCUUUUUCAAUCUUACAACCCUUUCCUCCCUUACUUCUCGAUCUUUGCUUGCGUAGAGAGAAAUACCCUUGCUUGUUUUAUUCCUAGUAACUUAACUCGGAAAACAACGUUCUUUCGCGUAUCAAGACCGCCCGUAAAGUUGCCUGCUUUCGAAAAAGCUGCUUCCCUCUUUCAAAUUAUCUGUUUCAUUUUUGCACACGAAAAAAGAAAAAAAUUCUCGGCCGAGUGUCUCAAAUCUGAUAAUACGGUUCUCGUGUAUACUUUCGAGGUAGAGCCCAACGAGGUCUAACAAUCGCGUGCAUCGCGCAAGAAAAAAGCACCACAAAAAUAAGAACGGCAACAUUCUCGAAAGCCAGGCACAGCAAACGGCCAGCAUAUAAUAAUAUACAACACAUACACACCCACACAGUGAACGCAAUGUGAUACUAAAUGAUAAUAAAUAAAGUAAUUAUUGUUUAGCGCGCAACAUCGUCCUUUUGGAGGCGACGCUUCUGCGCGCGUUUGUAUACAUCACCGUGUAAUUACGAUUUACAUAUAGAAGAAAGAAAACGCAGAAAAACGAUACGAGAGAGGAGAUUUUUUUUUAAAUAAAAAGCAGAAAAAAAUCGAAGCGCGGCGCGACAAAGAUUAUAGAAUCAACUCGUAAUCUUAAGCUUUAGCUACCCUGACUUCUUUUUUUUUCUUACCACGAGAGAGAUCUUAUUUCAACACCCCUUAGACGUAACGUUACUGCAUAGAGAGCGCGUUAUGCAUAAAAAAAUAGAGAAUAUAAUAUAUCCGUUAAUCUGUAAGUAUUACCUUGUACGAUGCAAAAAAGCCUAGUGAUGUAAGCGUAAUACAGAUAAAGAUAGUAAUUUGAAUUUUUGUAAAUAAAUAAUUUUAAUUAUACACACCUAGCUAUUAAGAAGAAGAAGAAGAAGUAUAAAAAAGACCGCACAAAAACACACACCAACACUAAACGCGUAUAAUAUAUAGAGCAAAAAGCAAAAGUCCCCAGACUUGCGCUCGCGCGACUAUCAUGAUAAUUAAAUGUUGUUGUAUUAAGUGAAAAAACCGAGAGGAAGUACAGGUAAGACGGAAGAAGAAUAAUCGAAGCGCAGACAAUAAGUCCGUAUACUGCGCGACGACGAGGCAUCGGACGCGAUCUUAUUGUCGCGGCGCCUCGUCGUCGCCUCCGGUCUUACGCACAUAUUUAUACGCGGACGAAGUCGUAAUAGUACAAAAGAGAAAAAAGAGAAAAAAAAUCCGUACCUCUUUUUUUCCCUUGCGAUAGCAAUUCAUAAAUGUAUAUUAUUUCGAGCGCAAGUCCCGCGCCUCAGAGCGAGUAUUAUGUGUAUUAUAUAUUUCAGAGUUCUUUUGUAAAAUACGAGGAAAAAAAUGCGAGUAAAUAAAAAUUAAGACGGACAAUCAGGCGACGAGCGAAUCGUUGAGGAAAUUUCGAUAUAAUAUACCUUACUACGUGUGUAUACAACACAGUUGACGUCCGACUGUGAUCGGAGAAUGUUAUGUUAUAUUGCGUUGAGUAUAUGAUGAGACGGGACUUCGAUUUGUAUAAAAAUGAUUGAAGAAAAAAACAAUGAUCUCGCGACGAAUAAAAUAUUGUACACGUGCACUCUCUCACACACACACGCUGUUUCUCUCUAUCUCUGACUUUUCUCAAUAACUCAUCUUCUGCUUUCUUUCUCUCUUAUCUUUCUCUUUCUUUGCUCUAUUGUUUCCGACUCUGCGUAAAAAAAAAAACUUCCUUUCGAUGCUCCUGUUCUUUGCUGAACCCGUUCACUUCUAACUUUCUUAAUGAUUACGAUUCUUUCGCUUUCCUUCACACUCAUCGACGUGCCUCUUUCCUUCCGAAAGUCUGGAUGACAAUAACAACAGCAACAACUACUACUACUACCACAACAACAAAAAGAGCAAUAGUUCGUAAGCAUCUCUUCCGAGAGCGGAGUGCGCCGCUCUGCCGCAAAUGCUUUCUUAGUGUUCAUAGACUUACGAUGAUGAAAUAUAUUAAUUGAGAAAAUUUUAAAAA